AUGAACGAAUCCUUUGAACAAUACUUAAAUGGUAAUUCAGCUAUUUGUUUUGCAACAUUUAGAAGAGAUCUUCGGUCUAAUUCAAUAGGGAAAAAUAAAAGUUCCAGUUUAAGUGGAGAUUUAUCAUAUCCAGUACAUUCGAUUGGACGUUCUUCAUCAUUUUCAAAAGCACAUUAUUUGACAGAAAAUGAAUCAGAAGUUCAUUUUUUAUCUCCAAGACAAAGUAAUACUCCAAUACAAAUAACAAAAGAUGAUUUGAGAUCAACUAAAAAAAAUAAAAAAUUUUUAGUCCCUACUCUUUCUAUUCCUAUCAAUACAAACAAUAGAAAUCAACAAUCUCAUUCUCCUCGUUCAUUAUUUUCACCUAUUUCUAUUCUUUCUCCAAAGACAUUGUUUAGUCCAAGAACUCCUAAAAGUUUAAGAUCAUCAGGAACUAGUUCUCCAAUAGAAUUAUCUGAAGGUCUUUCUUUUGAAGAAAAAGCAGAAUUUUUUGUUAAUGAACUUGGAUUUAAUGACUUUAAAAUUAUUUAUGAUAGUUGUAUUGAAGAUUUAGAUACUAGAACAUUUAAUGAAUAUGUAUUAUAUCAACCAAAUAUUAUUAUUAUUCUUAUUAUUGAUGAUUGUCAAUUUGGGGUAUAUCAAAACCAACCAUUAAUAAACAAUAAAUAUACAUCUUUUAUUAAUGACUCUGACAAUUGUAUCAUUUUUUCAUUUAAAGCUAAUAAAAAAGAACCAAUUAUAAUAACACGAAAAAACCUUGAAACUAAAACUAUUACAACAUAUCCAAAUACUGAAAAACAAUUCAUUUUUACCAUGUACUCUGCAUUUUGGUUAACAACAGAUGGUAAAGUUACUUUUCAUCAAAUGAUUAGAAAGUCAUAUUCAAUUCAACCACAAGUUUUAAAUCCUUUUCAUGAAAAGACUUUAUCAGAAAAAAGUAAUUGCAAUAGAUUAAUUGUUUUAAAAUUACUUGAAGAAGAAAAAUAUUUGUAA